GCAGCCAUUUGUGCCAUCUUGACUUGACUUGUCUUGGGUCCGUAGCCCGUCUCUACUACUGCUUGUGCCUUCUGUCCGUUCUGGAUAUUUGUGUAGGAGUUUGAUAGCCAUGUUUCCUAUCGGCUACAUUCGCGUUCCCCGCUCCACAUGGUCGGUUGGGAGGCGGUUUUACUCGUCGGAGAUUAAAAAGACCAUUGGCUUUAUCGGAUUGGGUCAGAUGGGCUAUCCAAUGGCACAGAAUCUCCAUGAAGCGACAAAGAACACUCACAAAUUCAUCAUCUACGACAAUAAUGCGCGCGCUACGACAAACUUUACCAGCUCCAAUUCUGGCACAAAAGCAGCGUCAACCCCGCGGGAUGUUGCUGCAGAAUCUGAUAUUCUUUUCACCAUGCUCCCAGCCUCAGCGCACGUUCGCGCCGUUUAUGAAGGAUCUGACGGUGUUCUAGAAGGGGUUACUCCUGGUACUAUAUGCGUCGACUGCAGUACGAUCGAUGUGCGGACCGCGCGGGACGUCGCCAAGAACGUGGAAGCCAAGCAGGCCGUCAUGUUGGAUGCACCUGUGUCAGGCGGCACACCUGCAGCUCAAAAUGGAACACUGACGUUCAUGGUUGGAGCGCCUCAAAGCCAGUUCGAAGGUGUCAAAGAGUUCUUGCAGAAGAUGGGCAAGAAUGUCUUUUAUUGUGGCGAAAACGGGACUGGGCAAGCCGCCAAAAUCUGCAAUAAUAUGAUGCUCGGUAUCUGCAUGGUGGGGGCAUCUGAGACGUUUAAUUUGGGACUUCGCCUUGGCCUUGAACCUGAACUGCUGAACAAGAUAUUGAACACGAGUUCUGGCCGAUCGUGGAGUACAGAUACGUACCACCUGGUCCCAGGGUUGAAUCCAAACGUGCCUGCAAGUAAAGAUUACGAGGGGGGAUUUGGAGUUUCUCUAAUGGCAAAAGAUUUGGGACUGGCUGUGUCAGCCGCCACCGAAGUAAAGAGCUCUGUUAUGUUGGGUUCCGCCGCGGAGCAACUCUACAAGAUUAUUGCUGGAACAGAAGGGUAUGAAAAGAAGGACUUUUCCGUCGUUUUCCGGUGGUUAGGUGGCGAAAAGAUUGGAAAGGGAAAAGGAAAGUGAUAAGGGAUGCCUAGGAGAAUGGAUACAUGGUUUACGGUUGCUCUAGAAUCUGCGUAUAGGAUCUUUGGUGAUCUCCCAUAGAAAACUACAAUUUUGGGUAUUACGCUGCUCGUGCA